GAAUUACUAUUAUGAAAUUAAAGGAAUUUGGCCCUUUUUAAAUGUACAGGUACAAGAACAGUGUUUAGUACCUGAUACUUUGGUUAUUACUGAAGUAUGUAUCUGAGACAAAGAAUGAAAAUAUGAAGAACUUCAUCUGUGGAAAGCCUGAUUAGUGGUUAAAGUUACACAUCAAGAAGAUGGCUUUCAGGCUUCUCGUGCGGAGAGUUUGUCGAGUGUCUGUGAGAGAUUUCAACCGUCUGCCCGUCACAGUCUCGCGCUCUUUGUCAUUCUCAUCCUGUCUGAGCGCGUCUCGCGCCACACAGCCGCUCCUCUCGCGCUCGCUCCCGCGGCUCCCGCUUGCCUCCAGCAGGAGCGUGUCGUUUAACGUGCAGGACCACGACGACUUCACCGAGAGAGUCAUCAACAGCCAACUGCCCGUCCUCAUAGACUUCCACGCACAAUGGUGCGGCCCCUGUAAAAUCCUCGGCCCUCGGCUGGAAAAGGCCAUCGCCAAACAGAAGGGUCGAGUCGCCAUGGCCAAAGUCGACAUUGACGAACACACAGACCUCGCCAUCGAGUAUGGGGUGUCGGCCGUUCCCACGGUGAUUGCCAUGCGGGGCGGCGAUGUCAUCGACCAGUUUGUGGGCAUCAAAGAUGAAGACCAGCUGGAUUCUUUUGUGCAGAAGCUGAUUGGACAGUGAAGCUGUCAGUCACCACCCCUCUAGUCCCACCCACCUCCUGCUGGAAACUCCAUUACAUCUAAUUACAUACACAGACAACUGCAACCUGCUUCACCAUCUGUCCUGCUUUCAUUAACUGUAUGUGUGUGUGUCGUUACAUGUUUUUUAGAGGGUCUGGGGCAGUGCACCAUGUUUACUGCGGUAACAAUGUAGUAAAGUGUUCUCGGACAUCAUUCAGCCGCUUUGGAGGAGAACUGAUCGGCCGUACGACUCAUCCGGUCCACACGAGGGCGACCUUCCUCUCGCUCUCCAUCCUUUUGCACCUGAAUGCCUACUAAUGUGAAAGUGUGUGAUGAUUACAGACAUGUGUUUGUCUCCGUUUGGUUUUCUUUCUUUUUUUGGAUAUGACUGUGAAUUUCAUGCGGGAUGCAUGGGAUUGAUGAUGUUUAGACUUUAAUUCAUAUAAACUGUAAUAUAACCAACUAGUCAAGUGAAAUUAUGAAUAAAGCAACUGUACAAUAUUUAA